GUGACACUUGUUGCCGGCCUAUUUAUUCAAUAGGAUUGCUCAGACAACAACAAAGUAAACAAAUGCAAUGUUCGGUCGGAAUAAUGCAAAAUUACGUGUGUAUAUUCGGUAUACUGUUCUGUAUACGAAAUUAUAAUCAAAUUCCACCGACAAAACGAUGAAAAUAAAUUAUUCCGAAAUUGUGUGUGGUAAAUGUAGGAUGGUAAAAAUAUCAUCAUCAUUUUUCGGUCAAAAAAGUAGUGAGAGUGAAACCGAUUUAGAAAAUGUUGCAUGCUUUGAUUGUUGUGGUGAAUCGCAGUGGAUAGAGUGCGAAUGAGUCAAUAUGAAAUCGAGGGUUGUUUAUAUGUUAGUGUCAAAAAUGAGCAUCUUCACGGUGACAGUACAUAACCAAAGUACACACUGCACAAUUGAAAUGAAAGAGACAAAUCACGCCAUCAAGUGUAUUCAAGUGAAGCAAUCGAUCCGAUCAACAUUGAACCAUGGACACUCCAAAUGAUUCUGAUGGCAGCCCAACGACCGCUGUUCCGACCAAAGUGUUCCGCUUCACAUUACCUAGCGUACCAAGCGAUGAUAGGAACGCCAACUUGUUUGGCUCAGUAUCGGAGGCUCAAAAUCUCCGGCAAAUGGAACAACUGUGCGGCAUGUUUCGUUCGGCUUUGCUACAAGUGGAUGAGACACGUCCAUUGAAUCUGCGAUGCAGCAUGUGCAUCAGCCAGCUUCAUCGGACCUAUUUCCGAAAUGUGGAAGAAUUGAUCACUCAUUUCCAGAACAAACACCACAUGAAGGCGAUUUUCGUGUCAGAAUGAAAUAAUUUACCACAAUUUUAUCGUUUU